GAACUUGCGAGGAGAAGAAAAUAUACAUAAAGAGUGCCGAGAGGGGGAAUGAUUUCCGAGCGGCAGAGUGGAGUUGACGCAGCAGCGGCAGCAGCCGCUAUAUAGUCGGCCACGCGGUCAGUCGGCUUUUCAGUUUGACAUCUGUCGCGUACGAAAGGCGCGCGCCCGCUCCGUGUCACGUGCGUGUACUUCUGGCUUCCCUAUGUGCGCGUGAGAGGAGCGACUUGUCGACGAACAAUGCCGCCGCAAGAGAAGUUCAGCAAGGGCGCGACAGCCGACGAUCAGCCGGAAAUAAUGUGCGGCACGAUUGUCAGCACGUCGCCCAGUCCGAACGACGUCGGCGCUAAGGAUGAGAAAACGCAAGCGCCGCCCGUCAAAGAUGUGGAUUUCGACGAUCUGCUGCCGCACGUUGGAGAGUUCGGCACUUACCAGAAGAUAUUGUUUUGCCUCAUGAUUCCGUUCGCCUUCUAUGUCGCUUGGGUAUACUUCUCGCAGAUUUUCAUCACGCUCGUGCCCGAGGAACAUUGGUGUAAAGUACCCGAGCUCAUGGAUUUGCCGCUCGAGCAGAGAUUAGCCUUGUCAAUACCAGUGGAGCAGCACGGCGGUGCAGAGGCAAGGGCGAAGUGCGUAAUGUACGACGUUAACUACACAGAAGUAAGGGCUAGCGGCAUCCAAUUUGCCGAUCCCAACUGGCCGAUCAAAGCAUGCGACAACGGCUGGGAAUUCAAUUAUACGAUCAUACCUUACGCUACUGUCGCUACCGAGCUCGAGUGGGUCUGUGAUAACGCGGCACUCCCGACGUUCGCGCAGAGCAUUUUCUUCGUUGGAGCAAUUUUCGGUGGAUUAAUUUUCGGCUACAUAGCCGAUCGUUACGGACGCAUUCCAGCACUGGUCGGAGCUAAUUUCAUUGGCUUCGUCUCGGGUGUCUGCACGAUCUUCUCUCACAACUUUUGGGAGUUUGCCUUAUGCAGGUUCUUCUUUGGAUUCGCUUUCGACAAUUGCUUCACCAUGAUGUACAUUUUGGUAUUGGAAUACGUUGGACCAAAGUGGCGUACUUUCGUGGCGAACAUGUCAAUAGCGAUGUUCUUCACCUUCGCCGCAUGUCUAUUGCCGUGGAUCGCCUACUACAUAGCCGACUGGCGACUGACGUGCGUUGCGACAUCAGUGCCAUUGAUUUUAGCUUUGUCCGCCCCGUGGCUUGUACCUGAAAGCGCGAGGUGGCUCGUAAGUCAGGGAAAGGUCGACAGAGCUUUGACGAUUCUGAAGAAAUUCGAAAAAAUCAAUAAGACUAAGAUUCCUGAUCAAGUGUGCAAAGAAUUUCAGGACACAUGUGCCAGGCUGCAAAAGGAAGAAGAGGCUGAUAAAUCAUACUCGGUGAUCGAUUUGUUCCGAAGCCCAAGACUGCGGAACAUUACUAUACUAUUAGUUAUAAUCUGGAUGGCGAUAUCGUUGGUAUUCGACGGCCAUGUGAGGAAUGUCGACAAUCUCAAGUUGGACGUGUUCGUAACGUUUACCGUCGCAUCGGCAACGGAACUUCCUGCCGAUACGUUUCUUACUCUCGUAUUGGAUCGCUGGGGCAGAAGAUGGCUCGCUUGCGGAUCGAUGGUUGUCUCUGGGAUCUUCAGCAUUUGGGCCAGCUUGGUUACAAAUAACAUCUACUCGGCUUCGCUGGCGAUUCUCGGCAGAUUCUGCGUCAACAUAUCCUACAACAUCGGUCUUCAAUAUGCAGCCGAGCUUUUGCCGACAGUUGUUCGUGCCCAGGGUGUUGCGUUGAUUCACAUAAUGGGUUACGUAGCCAGUAUUAUCGCGCCAUUUGUCGUCUACCUUAGCGUCAUCUCGGACGUGCUUCCAUUACUUGUACUCGGUGUUUUGGGAAUUAUUGGCGGUGGACUUGCGCUGUUUCUGCCUGAAACUCUCGACAAGGAUUUGCCGCAAACGCUACAGGAUGGCGAGGAGUUUGGCAAGGAUCAAGGCAUUUGGGAUAUGCCGUGCUUAAUGAAGAAAGCCGAGGAUACGGAAACUCCGCCACCUACUAUUAAGCGAAACACGACGUUCCGUACGUCGAGGCGAGCGUCACUUCGCGGUGAGACUUUCCGCAGUAGCAUGAUACAGAGAUCGAGCGUCAGAUCGCGAAAGGGUGCAGCGCCACCGGUCGAGGAGGAACGACUCUAGGAACCGCUGAUCUCCCAGACGAGGGGGAGACGCUUUUCCACGUGAUUUCGAUGAAUUGUGAUAUAGAAAUUUGACGGACUCUCGCGUCUUCCGAGCAGUGCUAUACGAGGAAGAAGCUCAGCGAUAUAUGAAAACGACCAUUGCACAGUAUUGCUUUGUUCUUUUGCCUCGAGCAGACGACAUUUCUGCAUCGCGCUUUACUAAAACCAAUAAUAAUAUUACGAGUUGCCUCGACAUGUCUAAUGAUAUAAGUAUUGUUGUAACGAUUAUUGUUUAUACACGACUUUUGGAAUGACGACUCUCUGAAAGUAGACCGGCGAGUGUAUAAAUUUUGAUUUCUGUAUAUUUUUAGCGUCUUUCAAUGCAACAAGAAAGCGUUGUUGCUCGUUUCAACGCUGAAAAAAUGCAUAUCUCUCAUGCUAUUUUUCUCUCUUUUAUAUAGUAAUGUAUCUUUGUAUUUUACAAAAUGACGGUUACCGAUGAGUCAAAUGGGAGGACAGCGAUGUAUGUUGUAGAGGAUUGUUGAUUUUUAUACGUAUUAUAUUUCUUUUUUACUAGUACAAAAUUUAUUUUGAUUUUUUAAUAUUCCCUUUUGUUAUUUUUCUGAAUGUUUGUUGCGAAAUCAAAAUUUGCGUGGGUGAUGAUUUUUGUGACAAGAGGAAUGCACAAUGUACCAAUGUAUUACUUUAGACCAUAAGUUUUUAUGUGAAAAGUUUAGAAUUUAAUGAAUUAUACGUAAAUAAACUCUAGGUAGCUAUGUUGUAAUUGUAAUUAAUCAUGAUUCAUAUCUUAAUCAAAAUGGCAAAGAAAACGAGCUUAUUCCAUUUGUUUUGUAAAUUUCUAAUGUAUGUCAAUUUGUUUU